CACUUGCACCAUUUAUUGCAUCAAUAUUGUCAUUGGAUUUGUAUACAUGCAGUCCACAAGGCUGGACUUAACGCAUGGAGCUCUUCUCUCUCUGUCUCACCAUUAGCUCUGUGGGGCCGGAGGGGGCGUUGCUUCCCGGGCUUUGGUGUGUGAGUUUGUGUAUGUGUGUGUGCGCCUUGAGCUUGCACAGGGUGGUCGAGGAGGGGAUGGCUGAGGGAAAGCAUACUUGGCACCGCUCCCUCUUUUCAGCCGACACUCUCUAGUUAGUUUGCAGCGGGCGGCUAACUCCCUGCAAGGGGGGAAAGACAAGUGUGUGUAUGUGUGCGUGUGUGUAUUUGCGGGGGGGGUGGGAUGCAUGUGUCAUAAAUAAAUAGUCUGGGCUGCUACUUUUUUGGAGUGGGGGGGGCAAUGCGAUGAGGCGCGCGCACGACGCGGGUCUUGCGCUGCAGCGAAGAGCCUCCUUCGAUCCGGCGACCUGCCGCUGCUGACAAGCCGGCCGGCCUGGGGGGACGGACGAGGGGAGAGGGAGCAGGGGGGAGAGCUCGACGAAGGGGCCGCCGCGGACAGCACCGCCGUGGGAACCAUGCAGUGUGCAAUUUGGCUGGUGGGACUCGCGUGUCAUCUGUCAGCGCUUGUGCGGCUCGCCGCGCAGUACCGGUUGCAUCCGAAACAAGAAGUCUUCAUCAAGCAGCUGUCAUCGUACGAAAUCACCAGCCCGCUGCGGGUCAAUGACUUCGGAGAGUCCUUCCCGCACACGUUGCACUACAGGCGCAGACGCAGAAGUUUAAACGACGAGCUGUCCGCGCCGCGGCUCCACUACCGGAUCGACGCGUUCGGACAACGCUUCCACCUCAACCUGAGCGCGCACUCGGACUUCAUCGCGCCCGCCUACGCGGUCACACACUUUGGAGCGGCCGACGAGAGUCAGUCGGAAGAAGUCGCGGACAUGCGCCACUGCUUCUUCCGAGGACACGUCAACUCCCGGGAGGAGCAACCGGCGGUGUUCAGCCUGUGCACCGGCCUGAUGGGCACUUUCACAACACCGGACGGCGAAUACUUCCUGGAGCCCCUCUUGAACGCCGAGGGGGAGGAGGAAUACGACGACGAGCACCACAAACCCCAUCUGGUCUAUCGACACGAGAGGAGGCGCAACAUCUCCAGCGACGGCGAGUCUUGUUCGGCCUCAGAUGACAGCAAGACGACAGUGUCUUUGGAGAGUCGAGGGAACAUGGGCGACGAGCUAAACUCUCUCCGAGCCGCCGUGGACGCUAACGCCGCUAACGCAACGCAGCCCAAGCACCUGCGGCGACGCAAGCGCUUCCUUUCCUACCCUCGCUACGUCGAGCUGAUGGUGACGGCCGACGCCAAGAUGGCACGUCACCACGGACGCAACCUGGAACACUACAUCCUAACAAUCAUGUCAGUAGUAGCAGCAGUGUACAAGGACCCCAGCGUGGGAAACCUCAUCAAUAUCUUGAUUGUCAAGCUGAUCGUCAUCCACAAUGAACAGGAUGGCCCCACGGUGAGUUUCAACGCCGCCACCACUUUGCACAACUUCUGCACCUGGCAGCAGAAGCAAAACGUCAAGGACGACAAUCACCCUUCUCACCAUGACACCGCCCUCCUCAUCACCAGGGAAGAUAUUUGCCGCGCAAAAGACAAGUGUGACACCCUCGGGCUCGCAGAACUGGGGACCAUGUGCGACCACUACCGCAGCUGUUCUAUCAGCGAGGAAAACGGAAUUAGCGCUUCCUUCACCAUCGCUCACGAGCUGGGCCAUGUGUUCAACAUGCCCCACGAUGAUAACCCCAAAUGUAAAGAGGCCGGCAUGAAGCACCAGUACCAUGUCAUGGCUCCCACCCUUAACCAUGACACCAACCCCUGGUCGUGGUCCAAGUGCAGCCGCAAGUACAUCACAGAGUUCCUUGACACUGGCUACGGGGAGUGCCUUUUGGAUGAGCCCGUAGGCAGGACGUAUGAUCUGCCCAAUCUCCUCCCUGGUCAAAUCUACAACGCCAACAAACAGUGUGAACUCAUGUUUGGACCCGGCUCACAAAUUUGCCCUUACAUGAAACAAUGUAAAAGGCUGUGGUGUACCAGUGCAGAAGGAGACCAUAAAGGAUGUCGCACACAGCACAUGCCGCUUGCUGACGGGACUGAAUGCGGACAUGGAAUGUAUUGCAGACACGGGAUGUGUAUCAACAAGGAGCUGCACCUGCAGCCGGUCCACGGGGAAUGGGGUGCUUGGGGACCCUACAGCUCUUGCUCUAGGUCCUGCGGAGGAGGGACACGGAGCACCACCAGAGACUGCAACAAGCCAGAGCCUAGAAAUGGCGGUAAGUUCUGCGUUGGACGACGGAUGAAGUUCCGCUCGUGCAACACUGAACCGUGUCCGCGAGGACGCAAAGACUUCCGCGAAGACCAGUGCUCUCAUUUCGACGGCAAGCACUUCAACAUCAACGGUCUACCCCCAACCGUCCGCUGGGUGCCCAAAUACAGCGGCAUCCAAUUAAACGAUCGCUGCAAGCUCUUCUGCCGGGUUGCCGGGACGACGGCGUAUUACCAGCUGAAGGACCGCGUCAUCGACGGCACGCCUUGCGGCACGGACACUUACGACAUCUGCGUCCAAGGGCUCUGCAGGCAAGCGGGAUGCGAUCACGUCCUGAACUCGAAGGCCAGGAAUGACAAGUGUGGUGUAUGUGGCGGGGACAACUCCUCGUGCAAAACACAGGCAGGGACCUUCAACGAUGCUCAGUAUGGCUAUAACAUAGUGGUCCGCAUCCCAGCCGGUGCUACCAACAUUGAUAUUAAGCAGGUCAGCUACUCCGGAAAGCCAGAAGACGACAACUACCUCGCAUUAUCCGACAGCCAGUCCAACUUCCUGCUUAAUGGGAACUUUGUGGUGGCCAUGUUCAAGAGGGAGAUCACCUUCAAAGGCACGGUCAUCGAGUACAGCGGCUCGGACACUAAAGUGGAGCGCAUCAACUGCACGGAGCGUAUCGAAGAGGAGCUCGUUCUGCAGGUCCUGUGUGUGGGAAACCUUUACAACCCAGACGUCCGCUACUCUUUCAGCAUACCCAUCGAGGAGCACAGCGAGCACUUUGUGUGGGAUCCCUCGGGUCCCUGGCUGGAGUGCAACCGCAUCUGUCAGGGUGAGCGGCGGCGGAAUUCGGCCUGUGUGCGCAAGAGCGAUCACUUGGAAGUAUCGGAGCAGAGAUGUGAACACUUGCCACGUCCCGCCGCUGUCACCGAGCCCUGCAACGACGACUGUGAAGUCAGGUGGCAUGUUGCCGGGAAGAGCGACUGCUCGGCCAAGUGCGGGGCGGGCUACCGCAGCCUGGACGUGCAGUGUAUGAAGUACAACCUGAUGAAGAGGCAGAGCGAGCGAGUUGAGGCCAGCUCCUGCGCCGAUAUCGUCAAACCUCCGACUCGAGAGAGCUGCCACGGCGAUUGUCUUCUCAAGAGCUGGCAGUACAGUGCUUGGUCACAGUGCUCCAAGACGUGCGGACGAGGCAGCCGCAGCCGAGAGUCGUACUGCAUGAACAAUCUGGGUCGGCGGCUGGUGGACAGGGAGUGCGGCGAAUACCAGAGAGUUCUGACGGAAUUCUGCAACGACCAGCCGUGUCCCAAGUGGACCGUCAGCGAGUGGACCGAGUGCCUGGUGACGUGUGGUAAAGGAAGGCGACACAGGCAGGUUUCGUGCUCCGCGGCCACCGGAGAAGAAAAACUCAACGAGCACUUGUGCGACCCGUCCAGCAAGCCCCCGUCUGUCGGGACCUGCGAGCUGCCCGAGUGUGCAUCCUGGCAGGUCGGCGUGUGGGGAGCGUGUUCCGUUACUUGUGGCCAUGGCUACCAGAUGAGAGCAGUGAGGUGCUUGUCGGGAGGCUACGGCAACACGGUGGAUGACAGAGAGUGCAACGCUGCAGCCAGGCCCAGCGACAGCCAGGACUGUGAAAUGGCGGCGUGCCCGCGGGUCACUCCGGUCCAAAGCACACCUCCGCCAGACAACUCUGCUCAGCAUCGGACCCAGUGGCGAUAUGGCUCCUGGACAGCGUGCUCGGCUACCUGCGGCAAAGGGAAGCGGGCACGCUACGUCAGUUGCAGAGACUCCCAGGGCGGCGUGGCGGACGAGUCCUACUGCGUCCAUUUGCCCCGACCGCCCGAAACCUCCACCUGCUUCAGCCCGUGUGGCCAGUGGCGUAGCGGGGAAUGGUCGCCUUGUUCGGCGACAUGCGGCGCCGGGAGGUCCACCCGACAAGUCCUGUGCUCCAACUACCACCAGCCCGUGGACCAGUCCUUCUGCGACCCGGACGAGAUGCCUGCGACGGAGCAAGAGUGCACGGCGGCGCCCUGUUCCUCCGUCUACCAGCGCCAGCGCAUCAACGACCAACCGUACGGAUACCCCAAGGACCCGGGGCGCCAUCCCGGCCACAAUAGCUGGAACGUGCCGUCAUCCGACAACCAGUGGAGGACCGGACCCUGGGGCGCAUGUUCCAGCACCUGCGCGGGGGGCUUCCAGAGGCGAGUGGUGGUUUGCCAGGACGCCGAGGGCCGCAGCAACAGCUACUGCGACGAGAGGGUCAAGCCGGCCGAGUCCAAGAGCUGCAACUCGGGUCCUUGCCCGCUGUGGAACUACGGCGUCUGGGGAGAGUGCACUCAAAGCUGCGGCGGCGGCGGCAGGCGAACUCGCCUGGUGGUGUGCCAGCGGCCCAGCGGCGAGCGCCUCAACGACUACAACUGCGACAUCCUGGACAAGCCGCUGGACAUGGAGCAGUGCAACCUGCAGCCCUGCGUAGGCUCCGCCUCCUGGCAGCGCAGACCAUGGAAGCCGUGUUCGGUCACUUGUGGACGAGGAGUCAAGCAGCGGGAAAUUAUCUGCGUUGACCAGAACCAAACCAAAAUUGAAGAGGCACACUGCGGUCCCCUUCCUCGACCCCAGACUGAGAAAACCUGCCGGGCCCGCGGGUGCCCUACGUGGAAGGCCAACAGAUGGAGCAAGUGCUCGGUCACGUGCGGAGUGGGACUCCAGAGCCGAGGCGUCUUCUGUAGGCUCAAAGGCAGCGGAAAGGUCAGAGAAGAUCUAUGCGACGCUCCAUCACGGCCCGCCGUCAUCCAGCGGUGCCAAGCUGCAGAGUGCACCCAUUACACUUGGCUCGCCUCUCCGUGGAAAGAAUGCAACGCCACCUGCGGAGGCGGCGUGAGAAGCAGGGCGGUGAACUGCGUGGGCCCCGCCAUGACGCCGGCGCAAGCGGACUACUGCGAGCCGUCAUCCCGACCGCCGACGCGUCAGCCCUGCCAAGCGGCUCCGUGCCGCCACGUGUGGACUGCAGGGGACUGGUCGCAGUGCUCCGCUAGCUGCGGCGUUGGCUACCAGCAGCGUGCGGUCACCUGCUCGGCAACACCCUCAUCUCGGGCCCCGCAUCUCUACGCCGUCGCCGGGGACCGCUGCCCGGAGCCUCGUCCUCUGAGCUCCAGGCCCUGCCUCCUCAAGGACUGCCCGCAGGCCUCCUAUUGGAAACUCGGACCUUGGGGAAAGUGCUCUCAGACAUGCGGGGCAGGAGUGAUGGAGCGCAGCGUGGAGUGUGUGACCUCCAAAGGAGCCGCGUCCAAGCAGUGCCGUCCCUCGGAAAGACCAGAGUCUCAAGCUGCGUGUCAAGCGGGAGAAUGCCAGUUAUUCGCCUCGUGCCGGGAGGUCCAGAUACGGCAAGGCGUCAGGAUGGACGGGGAAUAUUACCUCAAAGUCAAGUCGCGCAUCCUUCAGAUUUACUGCGCGGAGAUGCAAACCGAUUCCCCCAAGGAGUAUGUGACGCUGCGUAGCGGCCAGACGGAUAAUUACUCGGAGGUGUACGGCUACAGGCUGCUGAACCCCUUCGAAUGCCCCUACAACGGCAGCCGAAGGCAGGACUGCAACUGCAGGAACGACUACGCCGCGGCGGGCUACACCCUCUUCCACAAGGUCCGUCUGGACCUGAGCACCCUGAGGAUACUCAUCACCGACUUACGCUACUCCCACACUCCUGUUGGUCGACCUGUGCCCUUUGCCACGGCCGGUGACUGUUACAGCGCCGCCAAGUGUCCACAGGGACAGUUCAGCAUCAAUUUGAUCGGCACCGGGCUCAGAGUGGCCGAGGCCACCAAAUGGACAUCUCAGGGCAAUUACGUUUCUGUCAAGGUCCACAGGUCGGAGGACGGCACAAGAAUCUAUGGCCGCUGCGGUGGUUUCUGUGGGAAGUGCGUUCCUCAGGCGCACAACGGGUUCCUCCUUCAGGUCUACUGAGGAUCUCGUCGAAUGCUACUGACCAGCAAAAAAUAGUUGAUAGGACCCCAUCGACAUCUGCCAGCAUGUUGAAAAAAGAAAAAACUGUAUCGACUUCACCAAAGCACGCGGCGACUGUCUUAUUACGAUGCCUUUAAAGUGGAAUUGUCGGUAUUUGAUGAAUGAUAAUCAAAGACGCCUGACACUUAUGAGAGACUGUUGACCUACCUUAAAUAAUUCACACACUGGAGAUCGCCGGAAGACUACCAACAGUAUAUCUUUUUAACUUUAGUUUCCCCGCCCUGCAAAAGUACUCAAGAAGUGACUGACUGACUGACUGACAGACAUCACGUUCUCGUUUGCGCACGUUUAAUGUUACCCGCAUCCCCUAACUCCGCAUUUUGAUGUUUGACCAUAUUUAUUUCGGAACCACCUGUGCGUGCUAACCGUUACAAAUUCAGAAGCAGCAGCCGUCGCCAGGUUGUUGUUGUUGUUGUUGCGUCCGCUUUGUGUAGCAAAUAACCACCAAUGUCCUGAAUGGUGCUCGAAUGAUUACCUCGCAAACCGUGGCCGUCAAAAUAAAGCUUGCAUUAGGUUGUAGCCGCAAAGGGUAUCGGAUUUAAAUUUCAUGGGCAAAAGUUUUGGGACAGUCAAUGAGGGCUUGUUGUUUCUGAACCUUUAUUGAGUCCACACAUGUAUUUUACAUGACAAAAAUCACACGUUUACUUUCUUGCUUUGAAAUCUGUGCUUGUUUAAUUGAACGCAAAACUAAUUAAGAGUGGUUCUCACUAUACGUAGGUCGCUGGUAUAACAUAGAUUUGUAUAAUAUUAUUGAAACAAGCAUCUUUAUUUUUUAUUUUCUAUUUUCACUACCGGUGUGCAUGUCCCAUUACUUUUGUCCGAGCCGUGUAUUGCCGUAAGAAUCGUUACUACCCGCAUCAUUUAGCUUAACUCGAUAUAAAAAAAAAAAAGCUUUAACCAAAGUUAGAUGGAGUACAACGCAGCUUGUAUUGGUUGAAUAAAAGAAAACUGAAAUGAAUAUUAAAAAAAAAAAAGUCAAUGAGCAGCUAGAAAACCUUCAUAUGGAUGAAGGCCAACCAUGCUAUGAGGUCUGUAUCAGAAAAUGUAAAGAAUACUUGACGCACUAUGUGCCAAACAUUUUUGUAGAGAUGUAAUCCUGUUCUUUGUAAUAACCGUGAAGAGUUGUAACUUAUGAUGUGAGUUGUUGUUUGUAAUAUUCAUACUUGAACCGUGCGCUAAGUACAGUAUGAAAAAUGGGCAUUGCAGAGAGCGUGCUUGUCUGCCUGCCGUUUUAUCCAAAGAUGUUUUUUUUAAUGAAUGCUAAUGUUACCUAUACAGUAUGUACAGUACAGUAUGUAGCCUGUAUAAAAAAAAAAGAAAUGAUUUAUGAUGGUGCUUUCUUACUAAUCGUACAAUCGUAUGUCUUGCCACUACUAACACUGGAGAAUAAGGAAUAAUAAAUCAUGAAAUGAA